AUGGCUGAUGUCAUCUACGACUCGAUUAUGAAGAGAUGUCAUUUGAGAGAGAAGAUAUUACAGAACAGAUUAGCAAUGGCAAAACAAUCGCCCGAGGCAGUGGGUAAUCUGGUAAAAGAAACCUCAGGAUAUGUUAGUAGAGUGAUGGGAGAAGUACUCUAUAUUGCUAAAUGUAGAGCUGUUGUCGUAGACUAUCGAAAGACUUCAGAAUGUUAUCAAGAACUUCCCGUUACCUAUCUGAAUAGAUCACUAUACAGAACUGCUAUUACUCACAUCCUAGUUGAACAUGAAACCAAAGUAGAAUGUCAACCACUACUUCCGGUUAAUUUCAAGUUGGAAAAUAACUGGUUAGAAGUAACAGCUGACCUAAAGCGCACCACCGACGCUUUAGAAUUAGAUGCCAAUGAUGAAGAAGACAAACUAUCAAUGCCAAGUAUUUUCAUCUCCCCUAUCAGUUCCAAUGGAAUUUAUUCCAAGGAAGACAUGGAAAGCUUCCAGCAAACUCUCCUAUAUCCAAAUACCAGAAAAGCAGUAACUAAUCAAGUUGCCAGGAGGAUCAUAGCCCUCGAUAGCUCAGACUCUUAUUACAUGCCAAAUUUGUUCAGCAAAACCGAAUUUACCAAUUUAGCACAUUCCGCUGCUGAGGAAGUGUGGGGAUUUUUAUCUAAAAUGGGAAUUUUUUUUUCCAUUUAUGGGUUCCUAUACACCAUAGUUUGCGCAGUUAGUUAUUUGGCCGGCGUCGUAUCAAACUAUUUCACCAUCAAAGAAGCAACAGUUAACCAUCCACGACGCCGACGAUACCUUUUAGCCAGUCUGUGGAAUACUUUAGCUCAUACAUAUUUGUAUCAGUUAGCCAGCCAAAGAAGAGAUCGGGACGAAGAAGACCAGAAGAAUGAAUUGAAUCCAGUUUCAUUGGAUCAAAACGAUCGUGAAGAAAGUAUUGUCGAGGAGAAUGUUAUUGAAGGAGAAGAAAAUACAGAAAAUGGGUCUUCAAUUCAUGAUCAAAAUACAACUGCUAAUCCAACUAAAAAUGUAUGCGUUUUUUGCAAUAGAUUCCGUAAACGAGUGAAAUGUCGAGAAAUACUACUCACUAAAACAUUGUAUUCUCAUAGAUUUGAUAAAAUUAUUAAUCAUGCUGUUACCUGGAACGAUAUCGAAUUAGCAGACAGGCUUCGAAAGAGUGAAGAGGAAGGAUUGAAAAUCUACUACCACAGUGUUUGUCUUACUGGCUACGACAAGCUGUUCGUCGUAAACAAAAACGCAGGAAAUGGAGAGUGGCAUUUUACUCGCCAACUGUAUAAAAAUGCUUAUGCAGUAGUCUAUCGAUUUAUUAAAUUACAAGUUAUUAAUCAACGCAGACCAUGCACGCUCAGUUUCAUUCAAGAAUUAUUUAUGGAAUCAUUACUGGAACAGUAUGACGGAAGGAAGGAAAAAAAAGAUUUGCACUUCAAGUUUUUAAGGAAUAAAAUACGGAUGCAGUUUGCAAAAAAAAUUAAAAUUUUUAAACUUAAUAAAAUACUGUUUUUUGCCAUGGCAUCAAAUCGACCACUUUCAAACUUGCAGUUGCAGGAAAUCCUAGAAAGUGAUGAGUUUUUUGAAGACCUUCUGGUAUUUGAUGAUUCAAAUGAGGAAAAUAUUAUACCCGAUUUAAUAAAAAAUCCUGAUGAAACUAGUAUUGAUGGAACCAUUGCGAGGAGGGCCAAUAUUUCACCAACCCUUGUUACUACUGCUACCGACGCAAUCCUAAUUCAUAAUAACGACAUCGAAGAACCUGAAGAAAGUUGCAAUCGCCCAGAUGACGAAAAAAAUUCACCGGAGCUGAUAGAAAAUAACCAUAUUGCUUUAAAUGAGUGUAUCACUGCGAGUGAAAAAACUAUCCAAAUUUCCGAACAAAAUGAUAUUCAUGAGUCCUACCAAAGUGAAUUAUUUGAUGACAUGGUAUACGAGAACUACCAGGAUGGUAUUAUUAUAGUAACUGAACUUGAUACAAACAACGACAAUAAUGAAAUUGAGGUAGAAACAGUGGAAAAUCAAAAUUCAGCCAACACUGUUCAACAAGAAGCUGACAACACUAACAGCGAAGUAGAAACUAUGGAUGAUGAAAAUUUAGCAAACAAUGAAUUAGAAGCUGAGCCUAUGGAAAUUGAGGCAGAAACACAAAGAUACAAAGAAGAAAAGGAUACAAGAAAAAGAAAUAAGAAGUUAAGAGAAAAAGGCUGUAAAUAUAAAACUUUGAGAAAAAAUAAAAUUACCGGAAAAUACUCCUAUGAAAAUGAAAAUGAAGAGAGAAAACUGAGACCAACAUGUCAAUCUGUUUUAUGCAAAAAGGCAAAAAAUAGGUUUUGCAACACCUUCACCCCCCUUGAUAGAAAAAAUAUUUUUUCAAAUUUUUGGGAAAUGUCAUGGGACAUGCGGAAAGUGUAUGUUUCAUCAUUAGUCAAGACAACAACUACUCGACGUCCCAAAGAAGAUAAUUCCAGUCGCUUACUGACAUUUGAGUAUUAUCUAAAAAAGGAUACUGAAAAUCUCAGAAUUUGCAAAAAGAUGUUUUUAAACACUUUAGAUUUGAAGGAGUGGAUGGUGAGAAAUUGGUUAAACCAAGCAGCUAAUAAUAAGAUAAAGGACAGCAAUGAUAUAGCUAUGCCCAGUAGAUCAAGAUUACCUGUAGAACUGAAAAAAGCAUUAGAAGUGUUACAAACCUUUUUGGAUAAACUUCCUAAAUUAGAAUCACACUAUUGCAGACCAUCAACCCAAAGACUGUACUUGGAACCAUUGUUUCAGACAAAGACUGAUGUAUACCGUCUAUACAAAGAUUAUUGUGAUGAUAAUAAUGCCAAAGCUCUAAGUUUAAUUCAUUUUAAAAAAAAAAUGAAUAUCAAAAAUAUAUUUGUUCACAAACCUAAGAAAGACCAAUGCGAUGUAUGCAUUGGCUAUAAGACUAAGAACGUAUCGCAGGAAAAUUAUGAGACCCACAUUAAAAGAAAAGAUGAAGCCAGAAAGGAGAAAGAAGCAGACAAAAAAAUGGCAAUGGAAAUGGAAAAUAAAGAGAUUGCAGUCAUAACUAUGGACCUCCAGUCUGUGAAGCUGGCCCCUGUACUGCAAGCUUCUGCUAUUUAUUACAAAACCAAAUUAUGCGUUCAUAAUUUUACGACUUUUAACUUAGUAGACAAAGAAGUCUCCUGUUACUUAUGGCAUGAAGCUGAAGGUGGUCUUGAAGCUAACAUUUUUGCAACCCUUAUCGUGAAACAUCUUUCUAGCUUUUUGGAAAAAAAUCCGCAUAUAAAAACCAUUAUUCUCUUUAGCGAUGGUUGCGGUUACCAGAACCGUAAUUGCAUUUUAAGUAAUGCAUUAUACCAUUUUGUCAACGAAACGGGCAUAAUUGUGAUUCAAAAAAUUUUAGAAAAGGGACAUACCCAGAUGGAAGUCGAUAGCGUGCACAGUUUGAUAGAAAGGAAGCUUAAAAAUAAAGAUAUAAAUCUUCCAUCUGAUUACAUUGAAGUGUGCAAAAAAGCUCGAUUGAAGCAACCUUUUGAAGUAAAUUAUUUGGAUCAUACUUGGUUCCUGGAUUACUCAAAACUGGGAUAUUAUAGCAGUAUUAGACCUGGCCAAAAAAAGACUGAUUUACAUGUUAAUGAUAUAAGAUGCCUGAAAUAUGAAAAAAAUAAUGGAAUCUCGUUUAAGAGUAAUUUUUCUGACAAUUGGACUGUCUUACCUCAAAGACUGAAGAGUAUAAAUGCACAGAUUAGCCAAUUAUACAAAAGUCGUAUUAAAAUUAAAGAACAGAAGUAUCAACACCUACAAGCCCUCAAAAGUGUCUUACCCUUAGAUGUACACGAAUUUUAUGAUUCAUUACCUCAUUAAUUAAGUUUGCAUUUACAUUUGUUUAUUUUUUUUU